AUGGGCGAUACGCAGCACACGUUGGGGCUGUUCUCAUACGUUCCCUCCAUCAGUCUCGGUAAGCGUCGAUCGGUCUGCAGGUGUCCAUACAACAGCAAGGCUGGGAGUAUUGAUGACCGACAGAAGGGAAAACAGUUUCUAACAACCCCCUCCAAGAAAGGGAGCACACCCGACGUCACUUUCACAAGGUUCUCAACAGUCUCGGUGGGAACGCCCUACUCGCCGCCAUUGCAGAACUUGCAGAGGGGGGAGAAGAGCUCCAAGGAGAGCGUUUCGCAGCCUCCCUUUCGUCCUUCCAGUCCGACCAAGACCAGCCAGGGCUCAGGAUCAUACUACGGAUGCUUUGGGGUCUGGAAAAACAUGAAGACUACCAACAAUUACGAUAAAGUUCAUGCAAAAUCUCCGGACACAGGCUUGAAGAACUUUUUGAUUCGACCGCCGAAAAAGGGAGGGUGCGGCACGAUUGAGCUGGCGCUGAAACCCUUUGUUCCUUCCUCUCCUCCUCAGAAGGGAACUUACGGCUACAUGAACCUGAACAUUAACGGCAUGUCGAGGCCGAAAGGCUGCGUCGGGGAGUACACCUACCAGUCCGAGCCCCUCGAUCGGUUCAAGAGAGCUGAAGACGCUAGCAAGGAUGUGAAGCCCUUCCGACCCUCCAGCCCUUCAAGGAAGGGAAGGGGAUUCUAUGGAACCUUCACGUGGUCAGGGCAAACGUACAUGUCUGACACAGAUUCGCACUCGAAAGACAUGAAGAAGUCUCCCUCAAACCCCGACCUGCCCAAAUAUGGAGUUUUCAAGCCUUGCUCGGGAUCCAAGUCGUUGCGGGUGACGUCGAUUGCCAACCACCCGCGCAAUCUAGAAGGAGGGCACCCCGUGCUGAUGCAGAGCAGACUGGCUCGGACCAACUGA